AAUAUCCAAAUAUCUCAACAUCUCAAUAUCCAUCUCUCACGUCCCACAUAUGUAAUAACAAGUAACCAAGCGACUCAGGGUUGAACAUCAAGAUGGCCUUAUCUCCGAUCGUGACCGCGACCUUGCAAUCCGCAGUUCUCGCAGCCACGUCCAACUUGUUGGCGCAAGCCAUAAUAGCAUAUCAGGCUGAGAGUUCUUUCGUCAUCGAUUGGGUUCCAGUUUUCCAGUUUGUCAUAUAUGCCUUCAUCAACAUACCGCCCAACUUCUUAUGGCAAGACUUCUUAGAGUCUACAUUCCCGGCGUAUCAUAUUUCGCCGACGCCGGCUGCCGUAAAGUCCGCAGCUGCAAAUGAUGAAAAAGCCCUUGAGCAAGAGGCCAAGGAGGGAAAACUAGUGGAGCCCAAGCUGAAUAUCGGCAACACGAUCAUCAAGAUGAUUCUCGACCAGACUAUCGGCGCCGCUGUCAACACUUUCCUCUUCAGCAUAUUUAUGCAUUCAAUUCAGGCUGCCAUGCUGCGUCCACUCGGCAGCCCCGACCAGAGCGUCCAGUACCUAUUCUCGCGGGGUGCUAUCAACUAUGCCCAGGUGGACUGGACGAGAGUAGUAGCCCUAAGCCGUGCUGAGUUCUACCCAAUUCUGGUCGCUGGUUGGAGGUUAUGGCCAGUUGUCAGCCUGAUCAACUUUGUAUUUAUCAAGAGCAUCGAGGGGCGUAACCUUGUGGGGAGUCUUGCUGGUGUGGGCUGGGGGGUCUACAUGAGUCUCAUCACUGCUCGCUAGGGACAUUAGGUGCAGUCGAGCCGAAUUUAUCAUCUACAUGAUAUGGUUAGGGUAUAAAG